UUUUAAAUUACUAUAAAAAAUAAAAUUCCAUUUAUGUUUACAAACAUUGUAUAUUAGUAAGGAUAAAUAUUUAAGGUGAAAAAUAAAAAUAUUGAAAAUAAUUUUCUAUUCUUUCUAUUGCUUUAUAAGAACGAUACAAGUAUUUAAGUUGAAGUUAUUUUUACAUUUUCUUUUUGUACAUUUUUUAUCUAUAUUUAUAAUGCUUGUUUCUAAUCAUAAAUUAUCUAAAAUUCCAAAAAAUAGACCAGUUAUAAAAUGGUUAUUAAGGCAUACAACGCAAAUGUGCGAACUUCAAAGAAUUUGUUAUGGAGAACUCUCUGGAGCACCAAGAACACUAGCUGUAGAAAAAUCUCUUAAGUUAUCUAAAAAUGCAAAUAUAAAAACUCUUUUAAUCUACUUGAAUGAUCUUGCUGAUCAAUGUGCAUUUACAAACCAAGCAAAACGAAAAAUUGUAAAGGAAGCUAUUGAAAGUGUAUUGGUAACUAAGAAAAUAAACCCAGCAGCUCAUCCUGAUUUUUCUAAAUCAUUUGGUAAAUGUAUAGAAUUAAUUUGGGGCUAUAGACAACUUUGUGUGGAAUGUGAAGAGCUUAGGAGAACGCCUUAUGAUGCUGAUAAUCCAGAUCAUGAGUUAUUACUAUUAAAGUUAUGGAAUUUAUUAAUGCCAUAUGAGCCUCUAGAUGCUAGAGUUACUAAACAAUGGCAACAUAUUGGCUUUCAAGGUGAUGAUCCAAAAACUGAUUUUCGUGGAAUGGGAAUUUUGGGAUUAGAAAAUUUAGUUUAUUUUGCUCAGGAAUAUCCCAGUGCUGCAACACAUGUAUUAUCGCAUUCUACACAUCCACGUUAUGGUUAUGCAUUUGCCAUAGUUGGCAUAAAUUUAACAAGUAUGGCAUUAAAAUUACUAAGGGAUGGAAGUGCUAAGACUCAUAUUUAUAAUUCUUCAAAGGGUUUUCCAACAAUUCGUGCAUUUCACCAAUUUUAUAGUUAUCUUUUCUAUGAAUUUGAUGGAUUUUGGAUUGACUCAAAACCAAGCAAUAUGAUGGAAUUUUCAUGUAUACAAGAAAAGUUUGAAAAUAGUAUCAGAAUGGCAUUAGCUGACACAUCUAUGAUUUUUAGGAUAAAUAUAUCAGUUGAUAAUGUUUAAAAUAUAUGAAAUAUUUUUAAUUAAUAAAACUAAAUCGUGAUCACAGUAAAUAUACUAUUGCACAAAACUACUUCUAUAAUAUGUAAAACAGUGUCUUGUGAGCGAAUAAUAGCAUUAUUGUGAACUAUGAUGAUAUUAAGACAUAAAACAAAACAAUUAUUCUGAAAUUAUUAAGUUACAGAAAGAUACAAAGAAUUUUAAUACAUUUGAUAUCAUAUUUUUACUUUAUUUUUUUACUUACAAUAAAAAACUAAUAAAGGAAAUGUAUUGUUACCUAAUGAAUGUGAAACAGUUUACAUUCAAUUUUAUUUAACAAAAAUAAGUUAAAGUACAACGUUUAUCCAAAUAAAUAUGUUACUUUCAAUUUUAUUUAAUUUUUAAAUAGAUCUGUGUAUAAUAUAUAAGGUAUUUUGUUAUAUUAAUUCAGAUUUUUUUUCUGGGAAGAAAAAUACCAUGAUAUAAUAGAUAUUUUAUCAUGUAUUUAAUAGCAAUAAUUUUCAUUUAAAAGUAUUUAUUGUAAAACAUUUGUUUAAAAAAUGAUAGAUUUGCAAUGACUAUUACACAUGUUUUAUAUGAAAUAAAAAAUGCAAUUAUUAGAAAUAUAGACGUAUUUUUAUCUUCUAUCUAUAUUAUGGGCACUAAUCAAAUAUAAUAAAAUUAGAAAAAUAAAAGAUUAUGUAACUUGUUAAAUAUAAAAAUAAAAAGUUGUCUUUAAGUAAAAAAUUUAUAUACAUAUACAUAUAUAUAUGUAUGUAUAUAUAUAUAUGUAUUGUGCUUUAUAUAAAAUUAUAAGUGCUAAUAGCUGACAAAGUACCCAUAAUAUAUAUCUUUGGUAAAUGAAACAAUUAGUCCUUCUUUUGUGGAAUCUCAGUUUUACGUCUAAAUUUAGAAGCUACAGAAAUGAUAAUAAAUACACCAAUUGUUAUACUACCGAGUUUCAUUAUCCACGGAUUUUCACGAAGGAAAUUUGCAAUCAUUUGUACGAGAUCAUCGCUAAAAAUAAAAAUUUUUAAUCAGAAUUAUUUUAAUAAUUAUAAUAAUAUCUGCUUAUAAAAGGCUGAAUCUAUUAAUAAAUGUGUUCAAACUUACAAUGGGCUUUGUGGUACAGGAACAGAUUCCGCACGUGCGUUUUUAUACCAUUCUUUUGCAAAUGAUACAAAAGAGUUAAUAUCAUAUUUUGUAAUCUGAUAACGAUACAUUUUUCCAUGUCUAAAUCUACAAGUACAAAAUAAAUUAUGUUAAAUAUUGUAACAUCAUUAUAUUAUUAAUCCUUUUUAUUAUUGUAGAUUUUUAUAUUAUUAUUAUUGUUUAUUUCUUAAACUAGAUACUUACAAUAUAAAUUCAGGAGCUUUAUAAACAUUAAAUCUUCUUGCUGUAGAUGCUCCAGUUGUAUAUUUAUCAAUACGUGCUACAUUAACCCUUUGCUUUAAUUUUGCACCUACAGCUUCCCAUCUUGCAAUCAUUCUAACACAUUCCACACAAUCUGUACUAUAACUAUUUAAAAAAAAAUAUAUAUAUAUAUAUGUAUAUAUUAAAUAUCUUUAAAAUAAAGUAUAUAAAAUAUUAGGAAGAAUUAAAACCUACAACAUAACAAACCAAUCUCCAGUUGUAGCUCCACUACUUGCUUGAGUUAAAUGUUCAAAAGUAUCAUCUGUUAAUUCUUUUACUGUAGGUUCUUUAUUUUCAGUAAACAUAGUUAAAAUUUCUUCAUCAUUUAAUGGACCUAAAAAAAUAUUAAAUGUAAAUUUAUAAGUUAGUGAAGAUAUUUUUUAUUAAUAUGUAUACCAUCAUAAAGUAAAGGCAUUCCAUGUCUGAAAAAUACAAGUGCUGGUUCUUUGUCAGCACUAUAAAGACGAAGCAACUGACUAUCAACAGCUUUUAUAACCCAGCUUGACAAUGAAUUUACCAAAUCUUCCCUUAAAUGAAUCAAUUCAUUCUCAUAGUUAUCACAUGUCGUACAAUCCUUGCUUG